UUGGGGGGGUGACUGUACUCUGCGAUGCGAGUCGAGACGGAUUGUGUGGAAUGUGUAUUGCAAUUCAAACAAACGCGUGACACAUCUCUGCUGUCGCUGCUCAUGGAGUAUAUUUGAGAUGGCAUCACGUUACCUCAGUGUUAUUUCUUGCUUUUCCAUUUUGGAUUAAGUCCGCACCCAUUCACUGUCUGGGGUAGACCAAAGGCGACAGUCGAAGUUUCUCGUGGCGACGAAUGCAUUGAAUAGGCCAAAUCAAGUGAGUGUUUUAACAGCAUCACCUCCCCUUCUGUACAGUGCACACUCACCGUCAUCAUGUUGGAUGCAUUUGGGCAGCGAAGUGUCUCCGUCCUUGUCACAAACCAGGACCUACAGAUCAAACCAGCAGAGGAUAAAGGCAUUGGGAUGGAUCAUGGAAUUGGCAGGAGAUUCUGCGACUUGACCGGACAGGCACUGUCCAAGCGGAAACUUUUAGUCGGCUUAGAUCUUCUGUGUCUAUUACUUGCUUCCAUCCCGUUCCUCACGUGUGAGCUAAAUGCGGUGAGACCCCACCGAACCGGCUUCAUGUGUGGAGACCCCAGCAUCACCUACCCUUACAACCACCAGGAGGUGGUGUCCGACACACUGCUCAUCGCGGGAGGCAUCUUCAUCACCACGCUCACUAUCGUCAUUGGCGAGUGCUUCCGCGUGCGCUUCCUGGGCAUCAGCUCGCGGUCGUUCGUCAGGAACCUGUACGUCUCCCGUCUCUACAAGGAGCUCGGAGGCUUCCUGUUUGGCUGCUUCGUCGGCCAAUCGCUGACCAACAUGGCCAAGCUGAGUGUGGGGCGGCUGCGGCCCCACUUCCUGGCGGUGUGCGGCGUCACCUACGCCUCGCUCAACUGCACGCCCGGGACCUACGUGGCGAGCGUGAGCUGCCACAACAGCACCCACCCGUGGAAGAGGGUGGAGGAGGCCAGGAAGUCCUUCUUCUCGGGCCACGCCUCCUUCGCCAUGUACACCGCCCUCUACCUCGCGUUCUACCUGCAGGCACGGCUGCGGUGGAGCGGGGCGCGGCUGCUGAGGCCUCUGCUCCAGUCCCUCCUGGUGCUGCUGGCCGUGUACACGGGCCUGACCCGCGUCUCCGACCACCGCCACCACGCCACCGACGUGCUGACGGGCUACGCGCAGGGAGCGCUCACCGCCUACUGGGUGGCGUUCCAUGUGUCCUCCAUGUUCAAAAGCUCCAGACGUGUGUUAUCGUCCGCCCUCUCCCCUCUGUCAGCCCACCACACCAUCUGUUAGAGCACACGUCCACACACUCAUAACGGGGGGCGUGUCCAUGCACAUGCAUCUUCAGCUCACUGCAGACGACCAGGAUUGUCUUUAUGUCCUAGAUUCUCCACGAUGGACACUGAGGCAAUGGCCUUGGUGGAAAACAAAUGAAAUGGGCUGGAACUCUGGCACGGCGCAGUCACUGUUUAGGUCCAGCCUGGGUUGGUUUUUUGCAAAAUCCCACGAGAAUCCUGAACGCUACGUGUUCUCCGACUUCCACUGAGCUCUCUGCAGCCCUGUUACAACUAUUUUUACGCCUGUUUUUUGUGAAGAAAAUUUCCUGUAAACGGUGGGUGAAAUGUGCUACAUGGACAGAGGGGAUUACUAGAAGGUCCUUUACAGGUUCCUUACGGACCUUGAACAGGUUUGGUUCCUGUGGUUUAAUAAGGGUUUAUUGAUAGAAUGUAGUUACAUUUAAAAGGGUUCAAAUCACUCACCAUUUGCUGUGACAGAAAAACAGGCCAACACACAAUGUGUUGAUGGAGCUUAAAUGUAAACUGAUUGUGCACAUUAUGUAUUUUUACAUUGACAUUAUCCACAAGUACGAGGAAACGCUAAAUAAUGUAAUACAUAUAAACUCAUUUUUAAAAGUUGCAUCUUACAGAUAAGCAAUAAUAAGUAAGUUGAUAAGUCGAGUUUGCACUGAUCUGUGUGAAUGUAAGUAUACUAAAGGAUGUGAUGUACUAACAGCGUAGAUGCAAGUCAUUCUGAGGGUAUAUACCAUGAUUCAUGUAUAUAUUAUAUAUAACAAGAGUUUCACGUAGGUCACUCUAACAGAAUUAUAAAGUCCAUGUAAAUAAUCCAAGCGUUGUAAAAUUUGUAAUCCAUGUUUGUAGAAUAUAUUUGUGUCAGUUACCUCUCCGUUGCUCCGAUCCAACAGGGCAUUAAAGGCAGCAGUGAUUUUUUAUAGU